AUGAUGCUUUUUUCUAGUCUCAUAGUCUUAGCAUCGACAGUCUUUAUCGGUACCAAUGCUCUCGCUCUGAGUACCACAACUACGCAUUCAAGCCCCAUUGCAGCUCCAACUAUUUUGCGGCGCGACGCGACUACCACUGCUUCACCUUCAUCCACAAGUCCACUUUAUUUCCUAACAACAAAUUACAUUACCAUUGCCGGGGUAACAAAUGCACAUGUGACUAACCCAGCCAAAACAGUCUCUUUUGCAGUUCCUACCUGCAUACAAACACUUACGCCGGACAAGAAUGGAUAUCUGCCUCCGGGUACAUGCAACGCUCUUUAUGACUACUAUCCUAGUUCUGCAUCAGCUGUAGCUGCAGCUGCCAUUUUCGGAAUCCUUACUCUAGCUCACAUCAUACAAGCAUUCUUUUACAAAAAGGUAUAUAGUUUCUUCAUAAUUUCAGCAUCCAUCUGGGGUCUCACGGCCUUCAUAAUCCGUAUUUUAUCAACCUACAACCAACAAGAUAACGUCCUUGAACUCACGUCGUCCAUCUUUGCCUUGACUAUCUCGCCCUUGAUCAGUGCCUAUUACUUCAUUCUCCUGGGUCACCUCGUACAUCAUUACCUCCCAAGUCGUUCUCUUCUCGGUAUUCGUCCUCAUCUCCUCGCGCUCCCAUUCUUAAUAUUCAAUGCAGCGGCCUUUGUGCUAGAAAUUGUGGGUACAUCAAUGAUGGAGAAGAGGGAUUUUGAACGAGAACAGAGGAAUGCCAAUCAUGUUUACAUUGGAGGCUUGAUCGUGCAGAUGCCAGUUACCUUUGUGUUCUUGGGCUUGCUUGUGGCAUUUUGGAGAGAGAUGGGUGUGCUGGGACAAAGGAGCGUCAUGGGAGCAGGGUGGAAGAGCUUACUGGGAGCAUUAUUUGGAGGGUUGUGUUUUAUCCUGAUCCAGAUAUUCUUCUCUCUCGCUCGAUUCUCUACUAGACAUAAGACAUCCAGUGCACUGUCCACCCAUGAAUAUUAUUUCUACAUCUUUGAAGUCACUCCAGCAAUUCUAGCUAUAAGCAUGAUGAACGCACUUCACCCUGGUCGAAUCAUGAUCGGAGAAGAGAAAAUGGAAAGUCUUUGGAGCAUUCUCACGUGUUGCUCGCCUUGCUGUAGAUUGAGAUUCAAAGCCAAAAAAACAGGGAUACGGGCUUGA